AUGUCUACAGCCGACCCAACUCAGGUUCUUCACAUACUACGUUCUUUAUACCGCCACGUAUACUCACUAGAAGAGUUCACAAACAGAAUAGUGUUCCGUGAGGGGCACAAGGCGGUUCUCGUCCAGCAGGGCGACACGAACCGCUUCAAAUCGUUCGUGAAGAACGUUUUCGUCGGGUUCGACAAAGAACUGCAACAAGUGCCGAGCAACCACCAGAUCUGCACUUUUCCUGAACUGCUUGCCUUCAUUAUCAACAACCUGAAAAGGAAGAAAAAACGCAAUGUUUUGGCGCAUGGCUACAACCUACUACGGGAGGAGCGUGACGCCGACCCAUUCAAGUUUCAGGGCGAAGUGACCCAAAGCGCUGCUUAUCUUCACGGCAGCGAUCUGUGGAAGAAAGUGGCCCUGCGUCUCGGCACUGACAUCACACGGCACCUGCUGGAGAGCUGCUCCGUGUUCCUGAUGGUCCCGCCGUCAUGCGCAUUCCAGUUGUGCGGCUGUCCACUCUACGACAGGGUCUCCAUGACCGCUGUCCAUUCGGGGUUUUGCCUCCAGACGCGAACCAGGACUUGUCGUAAUGUAAAGUCUGUGAGGAAGAAACGUGCAGUGAACUUGAAAAGAAAGGAUUUGGGAGUGUCGCGUGGGAAAAGGAAGAGAGAAACCAACCAGAAAGAUGAGGAAGACAUGUCGUUUUCUGGAAAGCGGAGACGACUUGGAGAAACACAGGAAGUCAAAGAGACACUAGAAGAAGGACAGUCGGUGUCCUCCUUGCCUUUGGAAAUAAAAACAUCUGUUGCUAAACAGCAAGCUGAAACUAGCACAGCUCCUUUGGAAGGAGGACCAAGUUGGAGAUCAGGCAUUUUCCCUCCUUUGCCUCCCUCGCAAUGUUUCAUACGUACUUUGGCCUUGCUUUACGGCGGUCGGGGCCUGAGCGGGUUCCUUCUCAACAGGAAGAAGAGAGGUGCAGAGAGAUCGAGAAGACUUCAAGGUCAUGAUGUGGUGAGACUGGUUUUCUUCGAGGGGCUGGCGUAUCUGAACGGACUGGAAAGGAAACCGAAGAAGCUCCCCCGACGCUUUUUUAACAUGGUCCCUUUUUUCAGUAAGCUUUUGCGUCAACACCGGCAGUACGCCUACAGAAAAACGCUGCAGAGGUUUUGCCCGCUGAUGCAGAGCGACAUGUCUCAAGCCGAACUACGUUCUCUUUUACCCCAGCACUGUACGCCUCACCGAGUAUACCUGUUCGUAAGAGAGUGCUUGUGUGCUGUCGUCCCGUCUCAGCUUUGGGGUUCUGUGGCAAACCAUUGCCAUUUUUUGGCUCGCGUUCGGGGUUUCUUGCGCAGCAGCAAAUUUGACAAACUUUCAAUUGCGGAGCUUAUGUGGAAGAUGAAAGUAAACGACUGCGACUGGUUGAAGAUCAGCAAGAAAGGUCGUAUUCCUCCUAGCGAGCUCGCGUAUCGGACUCGGGUGCUCGGACAGCUCCUUACGUGGCUCCUCGACGGCUACGUAAUCGGUCUGGUGCGAGCCUGCUUCUAUGUCACUGAGUCCAUGGGACAGAAGAAUGCUUUGAGAUUCUACAGGCAGGAGGUUUGGGCAAGACUGCAAGAGCUGGCCUUCAGAGGUCACGUUUCCAAGGGCCAGAUGGAGGAAUUGACUCCAGCUCAGAUGGCGUCCCUCCCCAAAUCCACCGUCAUCGCCCGUUUGCGCUUCAUCCCGAAGACAGAGAGCAUGAGGCCCAUCACUCGAGUUUUGGGAGCAGAUGCCAAGACAAGGGUCUUCCAAAGGAGUGUCCGUGACUUGAGAGAUGUUCUGCGGGCUUGUAUACGUGCCACUCCAUCCCUUCUGGGUUCCACUGUGUGGGGGAUGAUGGAUAUCCACGAGGUGUUGUCUACUCUUGCUCCGGCCCAAAAGGAGAAACCACAGCCCCUCUACUUUGCUAAGGUGGAUGUUAGUGGAGCAUACGAGAGCCUGCCUCAUGACAAACUUCUCCAUGUGAUGGACCAAGCCCUAUCGCCUGUCCGAGAGGAGCACUUCACCAUACGCAGCUAUGCCAAAAUCUGGGCAGAUUCUUUCGAGGGACUCAGGAAGUCUUUUCUAAGACGGGCAUACCUUGCGGAUGGUGAGGUGGGCUCCACCAACAUGAAAGGCUUUGUCUCGGCACUGCAAAAAAAUUGCAAAGUUCACCACGCACUUCUGGUGGAGCAGCACGUCUCCACGGAUAUUCAUGGCAAAGAGGUGCUUCGAUUCUUCAACCAGAUGUUGACUAACAGUGUUGUGCAGUUUGGAGAGAAAAUGUAUCGUCAGUGUCGUGGGAUUCCUCAGGGGUCUGUCGCAUCCAGUUUGCUCUGCUGUCUCUGCUAUGGUCACAUGGAGAAUGUCCUCUUUCAAGGAAUGACCGGAGGCAAAGGACGAUUGAUGAGACUGGUGGAUGAUUUCCUUCUUAUCACUCCUGACCUACACGAGGCACAGAACUUUCUUAAGGUCUUACUUGCCGGUGUCCCGCAGUAUGGCCUGGUGAUCAACCCGCAGAAAGUGGCGGUCAACUUCCCGGUAUCCGAAAUGACAAGUUCCUGCAGCGACAUCCGCACGUUCGCCCCUCGCUGUCUUUUCCCGUGGUGCGGCUUGCUGCUGGAUACAUACUCACUAGAUGUCUAUAAAGAUUACUCCAGUUAUUCGGGCCUGUCCCUGCGCCAUAGCCUCACUUUAGGUUCCUUCCACUCAGCCGGGGAGCAAAUGAGGAGGAAGCUGAUGCUGCUCCUCAGACUCAAGUGCCUUGCCGUUUUCUUGGACUUGAAGAUAAACUCUGUGGCAACAGUCUACAAGAACAUCUAUGAGUUGGUGCUACUCCAUGCUUUCAGAUUCCAUGUGUGUGCUCAGGGAUUACCCUUUGGCCAAAAGGUUGCAAAGAACCCUGUCAACUUUCUGCGGAUGAUAUGGGACAUGGCUCAGUAUACCAAUCAGCUCCUGAAGCGUUGCAACAAAGGUUAUAAAGCCUUGGCUGGCAUUUUGCCAGAUGAAGCAGUGGAGUUGCUUUUCUGCCUUUCCUUUCUGCUGGUGUUGUCGCAACAUCGGUCACUCUACAAGGGGAUGCUUCCCCAUCUGCAAAAACGGAAGCGUAGUCUGGAGCGCCGUCUGGGAGAUUUGCCACUGGCCAGGGUGAGGCAGGCAGCCAAUCCCAGGACCCCUACGGACUUCUUGACCAUUCAAACUUAA